UACUAUGAGACGAAGUAAAUUGGAAAUAUGGCGUCGUUUGGCAAGGGUAUGUGGAAUGCAGGAUGUUUAGAAACGGCUUUUUCGUCCUGCAAAGGAAAACCAGUUCUUGCAGUGUAUAAGGGCCUUGAACACGCAUUAACUGAUCCAAACAAGCAAUAUCGUGACAAAGUAAAUGCCCUGUUAUCAGCCUGGGAACAUGUCUGUGCACUGCUACAAAAUUCCACUGCAGAAGUCAAAAAUAGUAUGAUCCAAUGGAUAGUCAGGCACACCCUGAAUGUUGUUCUACGCAAGCAGUGGCCUGGAAGUUCAAGAGCUACAAAAACACAUUUGAUUGUUAGCUUGAAGAGAUGUUCAUCAUUACUCACGGGAUCUAAUGCCCACAUGUGCCAUAUUCUUUCUGAAAUGGUGAACAAGCCAUGGGCUCAUCCUUUACUGCGAAAAGUUAUGGAAGAGUCUGAGUGUAUCACUGAAGAGGAAGCCCUUAAUUUUUGUAAAUAUGAAACUUCAUGCAUAGUUAUAAUGAGACUGCAGAUAUUGGUUGAAGAAGGAUUGUCGGAGUACUCAACUUUCAAAUACGCUGAGUUUGUAGCAGCAUGUUUAUCAUUUCAUGAUCCAUCAUGGGCAGAAGAUGCACCUGAGGAGGACACCAUGUUUGUUCAUUACACAUACCUGGUCCUGCUUUUAAAAUUCAGGAAGAGUGAUAACUUACUUGAUUAUAUCAGAAUAAUGAACCUGAAUGAAGGAUUGAAGUUUAUGAAAAGUCUGACAAGGAUAAAGAGUAUAGUUCCAUGUUCAGAAUGGCCGGGACUGUGCAAAAAUGUAGCAAAAUUUGCUGCUAAGUAUUUUUUGAGUUUGGCGUUAAGAACGCCAGAAUGUGAAAAUAUGUUGUUAAAAGAUGUUGCAAGUGAGUUUGUGUUGUGUUGUGAAAUGGACUUCCAGUUUGUGUGUGAUCAUAUGAGACUCAUGCCCCAUCUUGCCGCUACUGUGACACACAUGUAUAUAUUGUGUGAAGUUCUGGAGGAGAAGUUUGGUGCGAUAGCAAAGUCCUUCUGUGUGCAAGGAUUCAUAAGACGCCUGUUUUCUGAAAUAGGCACAAUUGAAGAGCUACAAACAACACGUCAAGAGGAAGGGGACUCUCAAGAAAAACGUGACUUGCUUUCCGAUUUGCAGUGUAUGUUGUCUGAUGGAUAUUUGAAACUGGGUCACUUGCUGCGAGAGAACUUGAAUGUCUACAAGGAGUGUGUGCUAACAGCAUUCUCAUUAAACCCUACAGAGGAUUUAUACCACCAUUUACAUAGCCUUGCCUCUUUAAGUGGUAAAUGUAUUUCUGAUGAAAAUAAAAGUACAGAAAUCGUAGAGCAGCCACCGGUUCAAGACUGCACCAUUACAAAGCUACCUAUUAAUGAACACUUAGAAGAAACAAAUGAAAGUAAUUAUGCCGGCAAUACAGACUUUGCAUAUAUGAAUAUGCCAUCAACGUCAUCUGCUGUGUUCCCUAAAUAUCAAAUAAGGCCACAGACAAGGCAUACAGCCUCACGUGGGGAUAUACCCAUUGCCACUUCAUCUUUAGUAACUGUAAGGUGCAGAUUGAAAGAGGAUAACAAGAGAGACUUGGGAGCAUUGUAUGCAAUGAGUGGAAACCUAUUUACUAGUGCGGAAAACUAUGAUCCCUAUAGUGCCCCCAAUCAUGUGUUAGAUGCAGGAGAAUUCAAGUUCUCUAGAACUGUACUUCAUGAUUUAGUAUCUGUGUUAAACAAUCCACGAAACAAACAGCUUAGUUGGGCAGAGGGUUGGGCUCAGCUAAGCAGGAAUUGUCUGGAAUACUUAAGAAACAGAGAGACACGAAAUUGCAUGAAGGAACUGAAAUUUCUGGAAAUUGAUUAUGAGAAAUACCGUGACUGGCCAAGAUUGUGUGACUAUGGAGGUAUAGAGAAGGGAUAUGAACAGUGGGCAGAUAUCAGUAAUGAUUCAGAGCAACUUUGUAUUACAAGUAAUUACAAACAUAGAUCUUCAGAGUUAACUGUAGAUUCCUGUAUAGAUUCGGCAACACAGGAUAGUGUAGAUACUGUAUUUACAUUAAAACCAGUCCGGAAACGAAAAGUGAAGAAACCUGGAAAAUCCCCACAAAAAGGAAAGAGGGGAAGAAAAAGUACAAAUGUCACACAUAGCAGUGUUAAAAGUAUUGUUUCACAAGGUCCCAUAACUGGCUUCUCGGAUUGCACUCAGGACAGCCAAAUUGAGGAGAACAAUGAAAGAAAGAUUGCAGCAAAGAUUUGUAAGGAUAAAUGUAUUAGGAAGUUUACAUACAGGAGGAAGAGGUGUAAGACUGUGGAAAAAAUAUCUACACUAGAAACAGACUGGCCACAGCAAACUGAGGUUAGAGGCAGUCUUAAAAAGACAGUUAAUAAAAAGUUUACUAGGAAAUCUAGCAAAUGUUUGAAGCGUGUGAAAAGCUUAGAACAUGCUUCUCCAAUAGAAACAGACUGCACAAGUGAUGAAGUGACAUCUGUCGGACCAGAUAUCUGGAAAAGAGGUAAUAAUAAUUUAGACAAAAAUAUGUAUAUGAAAAACCCUGAACUUUCCUUGUUAGAAGUAGAUGAGGUACCAAAUAUUCAGGCUAGUACUUCAGUGAAGAGUUAUAAGAAGAAAUAUGUUAAAAAGUCGCGCAAAUCUAGAAAGCAUUGGAAGAAUUUGGUUGAAACAGACUGCUCACAUUAUAGUGACAUUGAUGAAAAUAGUGUUUCUAAGGUUGCAACAAAGCGUCCCAAAAGAAAGUGUGUUAGAACAUUGAAAAAAUCUACCAAACGAUUGAAAAAUAUGGAAGAGGAUUCAGUUCUUGAAACUGACUGUACAAGUGAUGAGGUGACCCACCUAAAUUACCAGCCAGACGUUUAUGUGAGUGAAGGUGAAAAUGUUUCUGAAAGAUCUAUACAUGUGCAGAAUUUUGAAGACAUUUCUAUUGGAUCAAAUGGUGCUCAGAAUAGUCGAUAUGAGAUUAGAACUGCAGAAGAUUCAGCAGGAAAUGUUCUUGAUAGGGGGCCAUCCGAAUAUUGGAGUGCUUUCAAUAAAAUACCUGAGAUGGAUGCAGGUUGUACGCAAGGCAGUGAAGGUGGGCAAAGACCUGGGGUGGUGACUGCAACACAAACUAUACAAAGAGAGAAGAUUGCUAAAUCCACAAAGCAAAGAAAAGAUUUUGAAAAAGAUUCUGUAUUGUAUUCAACAUGGGGGCAUAACACUCAAGCUGAAGAAGACAUUGUUAGAAAGACUCAAACAAAGGCACAGAAGAGAAAGUCAGAUAAAAGUGAUGUCUGUACUAAGACUGUAGAAGAAAAAAUUCUAGUGAAUUCAGGUUGCAGGGUUGGUAGUUAUGUUGAUGGCAACUUGGAGGGAGUGCAAGGAUCAAAGAUUUGUGAGAGCCACAAAAGUGUAAGAACAAGUGGAAAAUCUAUUGCCGAUAUUAAGGAUUUCCAAGGAAAUUCUUUGUUGUUCUCAAAUUACACACAAAAAAGUGUGGCUGAAGCUACUACUGUGGGAGAAAUUGCAGCAAAUACUUGUAAAAGGAAAUAUCUUGGGAAAGUAGAGCAACAGACAAUGGGUGUUAAGAAUUUUGAUGUAAAAUUAUUGUCAGAUAAUCAAACUGAAGAAAGGAAUUUGGUGGGUACCACAUCCAAAACUCAUCAUAGAAAGUAUGCAAAGAAGACUGAGAAACGUGCAGAACCUGUUAUGGACUUUGAAGAAAAAGCUGUGUUAGACUUUGGAGGUGUUGCAGAGCCGUCCCUUGAAGGUUCUGCAUUUUUUGCGUAUGAUUCAGACACACAAGAUGAAAAGAGUGCUGCUAACGUAUUUAACAUGGAAUGUGAUGUGUUGAGGAAGAAAGAAGGUAUUGUCAGAGGCCUUAAGAAGAAGAAAUUACCUCCAGAGAAGAUCACAGAAGUUUCUGCUUUCAGCAGUGCAGUACACCAUCGUAACAAUGAUGACGUGGGACCACCUAUUAGUUCUGUCUGUGAAACCGACUUUUCUUCACUUGGGAAGCAGGUAAAUCCUCUUUCACCAAGUGUGGGGCAGCUGAAUCCGGAACCAUCUAGUGGGAUACUAUUUCAUCCUGAUUUAAAUACACAGUCCUUUAUCCCUCCAUUUAAGAAGGCCAGUGAGCCAGAAGUUUUGCAGUCAUUACGCAAAUUCAGACCAAAAAGCACAAACAGAUCAUUAGAAGAAAGUAUCUUUUCUCCAAAUAUGAUUGGUGAUGGAACGAGAAUGUUGUUUCGUGAGGGUAAAAUUUAUUAUACUGAAUUCGCACCAAUGUUAAGUACACUGAACCUUAAUCCACAUGUUGUACUUGAAGAUAUAGCAACAGUUUUGAAUUCAAGAGAAUGUGGUGGACCAUUUGAUACAUCUCAGCAGACAAAAAACUCUAAUGUGUUUUCUGAAAAAAACAGUAGCAGUUCUAAGAAGAGUCAUAGUACAAAAUUUACAACACCACCACAGUCCAAGAAAACAUAUAGCUCCUGCACUGGACUAAAAAAAAAGCCCAAUCGUAAACUGACUGACAGGGAAAUACUUGCCAAUAGUGUUCCUGGUUUAAAUAGUCUUGAAAUGAUUGUGCCUCCAUUCCAGGAGCCAACAGUGCAAGUUGUUCAGUUGCCAAGAAACCAUCCUUCAGGUAAUGCAUCAAAUAAUGAAACUAGUUCACUUCCUACUAAAGUGAACCAAAAAAUUGAGAACAGCUCCAACACCAGUGGAACAAGUCACAUAGAAGCAGCCUCAACAUCUGUAUCUCAAGAUCCAGCUUCACAGCAGUCACAAGUUACAAUAAACUCUGAAGAAAACAGAACCUCUCAGAAUUUGCCAUCCAGUUUCUCAGCUCAAAGUAACUCAUUAGCAUCACAUAAUGAAAAACAAAGAAGUUCGCAGCUAGAAGUGAAAUACUUAACAAAAGCAAGUGACGUUAAUGAAAUAUUACGCAGUACGCUUACAGACUGCUCAUCCCAGAGUCCACCGACAUCUGCUGUUGCACCAUCACUAAAUUCAUCAGGACCUGUUAAACAUAAAGUUAAAUCGCAAAGUGAAGUGAAGUAUCUAACAACAACAAGUGAAGUAAACGAAGUACUUCGUAGUGUAAUUGCAGAAAACAGUCAGGGUCCGAUGUCCAAUUCGACACAUAUCAUGGGAUUGGUGAAGCAGAAGCCUAACACCAGAGCGGAGGCGAGGUUACUUGCUGCAUACGAAACAGCAAGAAGUAUUACGGCAAAGAAAGCCACAGAAGGUAGUACAUCUCUAGGAGGAAGAGGCAGUAUACUGAGCACACUGCAGGUUCCACCUUCCAAAGGAGUUGUUGAUAUUAAUAUGCUUUCCAGUCUUAUUUCUUCUGGCACUCACCGAUACUUGGAAAAUUACCCUUCCAAAAGGGAAUCUUCUAAACCCCCAACAAAGUUAAAUUCACGCUCACAGGCCUCAAGAGUUUGUGUAUCUUCUUGUGAUAGCUCUCGUGCACAUAAUCUGCAAAACCCUAUGCAGAACUCGGCCAUCAUCAGAAGUGCACACACUGCUCAGUCAGAUGAGCAAAUCCCUGAACGGAUGUCUGUCCUUGAGGAAAGGUUAAAAAAAAGUUCUGUUGCUAGUGUAGCUGUUAAGUGUGAUACUACUAACCAAAGUGAAACACCAGUUUGUGCUUCACAGGUUGCAACUUUACCAAAAUUUCAACAAGCAUUUGGAAAGUCUAUAUAUAAUCAGACAGGCAGCAGUGGCAGUGGUGCUGGUGGCGGUGGCAGCAACAGCAACAGCAGUACCAGCAGCAACAGCAACAACAACAACAGCAACAGCAGCAGCAAAAACAACAACAACAACAACAACAAUAGCAGCAGCGGGGGUGGUGGCAGUGAUGGGAAUGGGGGUGGUGGUGGAGGAACUGGCAAUGGAAAUAGUGGAAGCACUGGUAGCAACAAUGGUGGCAGAGGCCACUGCAGCAGCAGCAGCAGCAGCAACAACAACAAGAACAACAAUGGCAGCAGCAGCAGCAGUAGUAACAACUGUAGCAGCAGUGGCAGCACCAACAGCAGUAGUAGUCGCUGUAAUGGCAGUGGCACCAACAACAGUGCUGUAGAAAAUGGAGCUAGUGAGCCUGCUACCACUGUAUCAAACACAGAAGAUGUACAUAGUACUCAUGGCAUUGCUGGAGGCUCGCAGAAAAGUGAUUCAGAGCUGCAGUCCAUACCCAAAUCAUCAGUAAGUACACUUCAUUCAAAGGCAGUACAGACAACAAGCAUUAGUACUUUGGUGUCACUUUCAAAUCCAGUUUCAUCAGCUUUGCAAGCUGACUCUCUAAAUGUCUUGAUGACUACAGCUCUACACCUUAAUACAGCAUCUGUUCCUCAUGAAGGUUCUUUGCAAAAGUCACUUGCUACCACAUUUAAAAGGGCAACUAGAUCAUCUGUCCAAGCAGGACAGUGCCCGUCGUAUGACAUGCACCGUACAAAUGCCUCUGCUGUUACAGACAACCCUAUAUCUGGAAGUUUAGAUGGGAUAUCUAGUCAUACCUCAGAUAGUAACAAUGUGACACACAAAAAUUCUCUGCCAGUCUCCCGGUCGUCUCAGGUACCGACCACAACUGAUAGUACCAGUGCUCCUACACAAAAUCCAGUAGUUGCUGUCACCAAAGAUAGUAUUAUUAGAAGUAAUAAGAAUGCAUUACUGGCUGCUGCGCUGCAAUCAACCACACCUCUUAGACGAUCUUCUGUGAAUAGUGGUACGUCUUCCAGUUUGACCAGUAACAUAGAACAAGCUGCCAACAUGUGCAUUGCUGAAAGCUCUUCUUCAGAAGAUGAAGCGACAGAUGUUGGAACUCAGACUCAUAUUUCUUCAGUACAGCAGACCCAGAGACUAUCUGUUAAUGAACUUCGCAAGACUACUUCAAAACCUUUGUUGCAAACAUCUCACAAUUUAAGACCUGUGCUGCAUAUUCCCAACAGUACUCUUGUUGGAGCAGCUAAUGUUACUGAAUUAACCAAUUCAGUUUCAUCACCUUUAAGACAGCAGCAGAUUGUCCAUUCUUUGUUAGGUCCUAGUUCCUCUGCUGUCACAAGGCUUCCACCGCAGAAUGUGGCAGCAACUGAUGCGUUAAUAAGCCACAGUGCAAUCGAGCCAUCUGUAAGCUCAACAACACUGGAACAGCUGAGAGAAUUUGAGUCUGUUUUAGAGCAAGUUACAAACACGUCACAAAUGAAGGAGCGGAGCACUGCUGUGACUCAGAAUCAGCCGGACCUAAUUAAUGAAGAUCUUCUUUCUCAGUCAUCAAGCACGGUUGAAACGUCUUCGGAUUUCCCAAGUGCACCAAAUGAUGGUUCAUUCUCACAAGAUUCUUAUCCAUCAACUACAAUUACAACCCCACCAAGAGUUGGUAUAACUUUUGUUGCUCAGUCUCCACUUCGAUCGUCUGCUGGAACGAGUGGAAAGAUUGCAUCUCCUGUAGUUGUAGUUACCAGUUACUGUCAGCCAGUUACAUCACCAGCUUUAAGUGUGACUUCACAGAGUUCUUCUAGUCCUUGUGUGACACCUGCACCAAAUCCUUCCAUAUCAAAUGGAAAACCACCACCAAAAUCCUCAAAAUCCAAAACUAAAUCUGUUAAGUCAAGCCCGUCAACAACAAAUUCUAAAUCUUCACCAGUUCCUAAACCACAGCAGAAACCUCAAGAAGAUGAAGUUACGGCUCAGCGUAUUUAUGCAAUACUUGAUGAAUAUGCAGAACAGCUUAGAAAUUCUCCAGAUUUGAAUAACAAACCUGCACCUCGCAGAAGGUCAAAUCCACCUACCAACCCAAGCCAGUCUUCAAAGCGAAAGAAGUCUUCCCAAAACAAAUCAAAACUUCUUGGGCAGCAGUCAUCUUCAUCAGCACCUGACAUGAGUCCUGGCACAGAUGAUCCAAGAACUAUGGGAAGUGAAGAUAGUUCUAGUGGUAUAAUGCAGCUUUCUCAUAUUCAGGAUUCACCAGCUUCAUCUGCCCAAGCAAGUGAUGAACCAGCAAGUUUAAGAUCUACUUCCACAGAAGCAUCUUCCGAAUCCUGCAAGCCAGUUGUGUCGGAAUCGGGUGAAAAUCAAGACUCUCGCCAACAACCACGUUUAAUUUUUGCUGAAGCAACAGGUCGUCAGGGAAGAGCAGUAUCUGUUCAGGAUGACAUUCAGUCUGCUGAGGUUGCUGUCUCUGGUAGUGCAACUGUUGUUGCAGGAAAAUCAGUAAUGGUGGGAAGCACAGCAGUACCAUUGUAUGUGCCAGGAAAUGUCCGUCAGGUGUUUCUACCUGUGACUCCAGGAUUGGCUGCACAUGUUCAAGGUCGACCAAUGGUUGUAUCAAAAGGAUCAAAAUUUAUAAGAGUUCAUCAGGUAACAGUCCCAGCUGGACCACUUCACCUCCACCAAGUGCCGGUCGUGGUGCGCCAGAUGUGCGUCAAUAAGCAGUCAUCAACUGUUGGUGCUUCAGUAUCUGUACUGACCCAGCCAUCUGUCAAACAGGUUAAGCGUCCACCUGCAAAUACUUCUCCAGAAGCUUUAUCAGGAGGAUUGGCACAGGCUUCUGUUCUACACCAGUUAAGCAGUCAGCAGCAAACAUCUGUUUCUGAUGUAUCUUCCAGUGCUACUCAAAGCUUAUCUUUUCCAGAGUCGAGUCUGGAUAGUGUAGGCACUGCUAUUGCAGACACUGUUAUAAAAACUGAACCUAAUGAUGAUACCUCAUCAGUUUCAGAAGGCCAUAUAAUGUGCGAAGGUAGUCAGAACAGCCUACUUGAGACAAUAACAUCUGCUGCUAAUGAUGCUACUGCUCUAACGUCUCCAGCAACUACGUCUUCUGGUGUCAUAGCUACCACUACUUCUUCAGGACCAGGUGUAAACAUUUCCAGUGUUAUUUCAGCACCUGAAGAUAAACUGUAUCAAAGCUCUGAACACAGCACAGUAAAUGUGAAAGUAGAACCUCCAGAUCUGUCUAAUAACAGUAAUGAAGAGCAGAAUGAAGAAAACCAGCUGUGCAACAAUCACGAAGAAAGAUCUGUUUUUCGACGAACAUAUGCAAUUGUAAUUAAUCCACCAAUCGAUGUGCAGAAUUCACGAGUAAAUAGGACUAUGCAACGUUUGAAUAUUGGCUUUACCAGACAUUCCACAGUAACUUCCAGGAAUGGUAACCAACCAGAAGCACUGAACAAAGAUUUUGCAUCAAGCAGAAAGCCUCUUAAGACGGAAGCUGAUAGUAUGCUUAAUUCUGAAUCUGAGAGUUCUGAAUAUCAUUCGGAUAAUGCUCUUGCAACACAACUUAAUCAUUUCUCAAAACACAGUGGCAGCUUGACAGAAAAUGGUGAAUCUGGACAUUCUGUGAACAGUGUGUUGAACUGUCCACUACCUUCAACAUUGCCAGAUUCAACAUACCAUUUGAGGAAAUUGGGUAAAAGCAGAGAAAGCAGCCAGCCAGCUGGAGGAUUCCAGAGCUCUACUCAAAAUACAAUUUGCACAAGUCCAUUAGAUGUGUUUCCAACUGAAAGUGCAACUAGCAUUCUAGAAGACUGCCCACCAAGAACUAUAGAGGAGAAUGGUUGUAGUGACAGUUUAUCAUCUUCUGAACCAAGUUUAACACAUACACUACUUUGUCGCAGAAACUCUCAGAGCCCUCAGAAGGUAAGCUUACAAUCUGAAGUGGGAAGGAAAAUAAGUUCAUGUGAUAAGAAUGGACCAGCUGAUAUUGAGCUGAAUGCAGCAGUUGAACACAUUGUGUCUGAAAGUUCCAAAAGUGCAAAUGAUCAGACACAAGGAAAAGAAGUUGGUGCGUCAAGUGAAGCUCAGCUAGAUUACUGCAGCGGGCCGUAUUCAUCCAUUAAAAGCCAACUGGACUAUAUUUCUGAUGGACCUUAUAGCAUAUCAAAGAUUGAUGGCUGUGAUACCCCAUGGCGUUUUGUUCCGCUUAUAAGAAAGGUUAAAGUAGCUAUACAACCAGUAACAUUAAAAAAGGAUACAGAAGAAAGUGAACCACUUGUUAGGAAUAUCCAUCUUUCAACUAAUUUGCCAGAAGUGGAAGAUACAGCAAAUGAACAGCGUGACUAUCUAACAGAUUCCAAGCUGGCUACAGUUAAUAGGAAGGCAAAUGUGAGUUCGACUGUUCUUACAACUUUCCGGAAAAAUGAUAUUCCCAGUACACGAGUAGAUAAAAGUCAAGUGAGUGACAGGAUACAGCAGAAAAUAGCUAGAGUUGAGAGAGAGUUAAAACUUCAGAAAAGUCUGUCUGAAGAAUGUGAAGAUUUAGGUGUUGAUGAGCCAAGUACAAGUGAUCUAUUUCCUGAAGCAGAUCUGUUAUUGGAUACGAAUUCGUCACCACCCUUUGAUCAGACACUGCAGGAUACAGCUUGUGGUCAUUGUGUUGAUGGUACAGAAACUUACUCUAAUUCAGCUUUUAAACCCCUUGAAUACUCUUCCAGUAGUCAGGAUGAUUCUCAGAACAGUUGUAUUUCUUCUGAUAUUCAUGAAUCAAACAACAGAUUUCGGCAAGGAAAGAAACGUAAACGUAGUGUCAAUAUUCCUAAUUUUGAUUGGAAGUAUACAGAAAGAAAAACUUUUUGUCACGACAUUGUCAGUAAAAUAUGUCAGAGUUCCCGUGAAACAUCCAGCAUUUACCAUAGUGGAAAUACUAUAAUAAAAGGUACGGGCAGUGGAAUCGGAUCACGAUCGUUGGAGGAUACUAGUGGAGGUUUCAGAGACACUCUGUCAGAUAGUGCACCAAGUAGCAGAUUAAAACACUCUAGUCCAGGAACAGAUGCUAUCUUGCCUGAUGUCAGCACCUGUAAUACAAAAGAAGUGUCUGAUAAUUUAAUGAAGGAUGCAGUUUGUGGAAAGAAGUUAGAAGGACCAUUGCAGCAAACCCAUCCAUCCAACAGUUGCAUGAAAAGUCAAACAGUUACCACUGUGAACAGUAAAGGAGAUAUGGUCGCAAGUGCCAGUGAUAGCACUUUUUGUAGCUCAAGUGAAGACAGUGUCACAAUGUUGGAUACGUUCUCAACAAGUAUGAUAGUAUCAUCUCUAGAUGUAACAAUUCCCUCUCCUCUCCCCACAUUGCCAUCUGUCAUACAGUCUAAUGAUAAUUCCCAGGAACCACUUCCAUCUGCAACGGGAACUCAGAAGUACUCGAAUACAUACAGUAAGAGGCCCUCGUGUGAACAGGGCAGUAGUAAGCUACUGAAGCGUGCUCGUCUAAACCAGUCUGAACAGUAUUAUAAUGAACAUAUAGAUUCUCAGGAACGAUGGGAGUCAUCUAGUUCACAAGAGAAAGUUUGCGCUGAUGAUGAAGAUUCAGGAUCUCGUAGCAGGUCAGAAGAACAACCAAAUUCUGAUGUUGAUGUUUUAGAUAUAAGCAAUGAUGCAUUUUCAUCAUCACCGAGAUUCCCCUCCUUAAAUAUUACAAAUAGCACAGGUUCAAGUUCACAGUGUAAUGAAUCUAUAAUCAAGACAUUUGAGUUGAAUGGGAUUGAUAGAAUUUCACUUUCAAGUGCUAGUAUACAAGAGAAGCGGAUAUCUGCAAGGAAACUUGCUGAUCAUAGUGAUUCUGAAUGCCACUCCUUAGACAUCAAGAAUAGCAGAAAUGUGGAACACGAUCAUUUCUGUCAUAAACAAAGUGUAAUACAUAUAAAUUCUUCAAAGACGAGAGCUUCGCAGCGUGGUCAUCUGAAGAGAGGCUGUCCAUGCUGUUCACUUUCAUCUCGCUCAUCUAAGAAGAAGAUGGAAGAGAAACCAGGAAAGAAAGGACCUUUGGGAAAGCAAACAAUAAAAGGUUCCUUGCCAAAGAAGAGAUAGUUGAUUUUAAAAACUCAUGUAAAUAGUUGUAAAUUCUGUGAAGAUUUGUAUUUGUUUUCUCAUUGGGUGCGACAGUCACAGAUAGUGAACUGAAAAACUGCCACAGUGUUUGUAUAGAAUUGCUUUUGCAUAUCUUAUGUAAAUAAGUGAGAUAGAUCCUAAUACAUGUUCAUGAAGCAUGAAACACAAAGCCAUAUUCUUUUUAAACUUUUAUUGUUUGCAUUCCCAAUGUUCUGAGUCAGAUAUGCAGUAAUUAUUCAUCCUUAACCUCAGUUUAAGCUAGUCAAUUUUCCUGUUAAUCUGAGGUACUCAGUAUCACUUUCUGCACUGUUAGUACAAAUUUUUAUGGUUAACCAUGCUUAUUCAGUCUUUCAGCAAAGCAGUUGUGUGUUUUCUUGAAAUUGGUAUGUGAGAAACUGCUUGGAGAUGCAAAUAUUCAAUAUGUUAUUUUACAUUCUUUUAUUUUGCAUUUGAUAAAUAUGUUGUGAGCUAAAUUGAUGUUAGCUGUAAGUUGUGUGUGUGUGUGUGUGUGUGUGUGUGUGUGUGUGUGUGUGUGUGUGUUACUCAUGUUAUAGAGUUGUGACAAUUUGUGGAUGUGAGAAGAUAUUAGUAUUUUUUUAUUAAAUUUGAUUUAAUGAGUAAUGGGGAAAGUCCUUGCAUUCCUGUAUAUUAAUCAUUAUAUAAUCGCCUGAUGUGUUGAAAUUUGUGAGGUCACUGUUAGAGAAAUGGAAACAGAAUUGAAGUAUGGUUAAAUGAUAUUUGUACAAUUACCUUACAAUAUUAGGUAUGGCUUGUAUCAGUAUUUUAUUUUAUUAAUUUAUUUCAUAUUUGAAAGAGAUUUAUGUAUUCAGACAUUGUAUAAAUGAAGCUUUAUUAAACAUCUCAGAUUUUCCCACGAAGAGAGAAAUCUCUUCACUGUAAUACAGUGUGUCACGUCAGUUAAAAGCUACACUUUUAAGAUGAUUUGUCUCUUUCUGACGGUGUACCUUAAGUUUAUGAAAAGAAUUCGUAAUUGAAAUGAAACAUUUCAAAAGUAGUAUCCAGCUGUAAUAAUUUUCAUACACACAUUAUGCUGAAAACGCACAGUUAAUUUCCAAGAGGAGGUGUGGUUUGAUAAUUUAAGUGAGGAAUUUGUGUUGUGUGUACUAUAGAAAAUACUUUUAAAAAGUUUCCCAAACAUAACAUUCAUCAAGUGCAUUGUUUAGUAUAAUAACGGGAUUGAAUUUUGUUAAACAUUGUCGCUCCAUAUAGAUUUACCUGAUUUUUUUACUGCGAUGCAAAAGGCAAAGUAUUUAUUAGUUGAGCAACUAUUAUUUAACAUGGAAUAUUUGUACAAAUUUGCCACCUCAUUCUUAUGUUGUCGUUUUUCUGUGUGCCUGUUAUGUACUAAGAGAUUAUUCUUCCCCUACAGAUAAACCUAAAGAUAAACAAAAAGUACAACUCUCUCUCUCUCUCUCUCUCUCUCUCUCUCUCUCUCUCUCUCUCUCUCCUCUUUGUCAUGUGGUUGCUUUCUUUUUGUUUUUGUUGUGUGAUUGUCCAUCCCCUCAGCUAUCUUCUUACCUCUUUCUCCACUUAUUCUUCCCUCUGAAAGAAGAGAAUCAGUCCAAAACAGCUCUGUAAAUUAUUAAAUAUUACUUACACAGUCACAGUGGCAUUAUUAUUUCUAAAAUUAUUACUUGUGUUUUCAUUUGAGUUAAAUAUGAUUAACAAGUUUACUCGGUAAAUCUUGUAGAUUAUUAAUUGGAUUUUGUAAACAACCUACUAAAUGCACUGGAAGAUUCCACGAGAGAACUACCAUAACCAUAAUUUGGAAGUAUUAUCCAUAGUAUUAGGCAAUCUUCAUAAUUAUAAAACCUGAAGUACAGCAAAUGAUUUCAGUUGCAAGUUACAUGUUGUACAUUGAUUUUAUUUCAUAUUAAAAAUUUAUUAUUAGUAUUGAUGUGCAUAGUGAAGUUAAUUUCCAUGCACUUAUAUAUAGUGCCAACGUUGUAGUAAAACAUGCUCAGAAGAAAGUACUUCUAGGUGUACUGUUUUAUUUUGUCUCGAAUCACGUAAAAAUAUGUCCAUAGUGACAAUGAAAAGAGACCUAGGCCUAUGAAGUGCUUACAGUUAACCUGCAGAAAAAGUUAGUAACAACGAGGUGUGUGUAAAAUCUGCUCAAGAAGAUAGUGUGUGUGUGUGUGUGUGUGUGUGUGUGUGUGUGUGUGUGUGUUGGGGGGGGGGGGGGGGGGGAUGCAUCAGUGCAAUAUUGAGACAAGUUCCUCGUCUCAUGAAUGUGAAUUUCCUAUCACCCUAAUAUACUGUUUUCCAAAAUUUCUGAAGUCUCGUGAGGAUAUCAGAGAAAUGUUUUCGUGAUGAUAUUAGAAAAUUACUGAAAUUAUCAGCCUGUUAUGAUUGUGAUUUAAAUAUGUUUUAUUUACUGUGAAAGUGCCAGUUGAGAGGUCCGUGAAACUUUCUGACAGCUUAAAACUGUGUUCCGGAUCAAAACUAGAACCCGGGACCUUUGCCUUUUGCAGGCAAGUGCUCAACCACCUGAGCUCCCCAGGCACGACUCAUAACUCAUCCCCACAGCUUUACUUCUGCCAGUACCUCAUCUCCUACCUUCCAAAUUUCACAGUUCUCCUGUGAAACUUGAGGGACUAGUACUCGUGGAAGAAAGAAUAUUGCAGAGACAUUGCUUAGCUACAGUCUGGGGCAUGUUUACAGAAUGAAAUUUUCACUCUGCAGUAGAGUACGUACUGAUAUGACACUUUCUAUCAGAUUAAAAUUGUGUGGUGGACCAAGACUUGAACUCUGGACAAUUGCCUUUCGUGAGCAGGUGCUUUGUAGAGCACUUGCCUGCGAAAGGCAAAGGUCCCGAGUUGAAGUCUCAGUCCAGCAUACAGUUUUAACCUGCUCCGCAGAGUGAAAAUUUCAUUGUGGAAAUAUCCCCCAGGCUUGUGACUAAGCCAUGUCUCCACAGUAUCCUUUCUUCCAGAAGUGCAAGUUUUGCAGGAGAACUCCCGUGAAGUUUGGAAGGUAGGAGAUGAGGUACUGGUGGAAGUAAAGCUGUGGGCACGGGUCAUGUGUCGUGCUUUGGUUUCUCAGUUGGUUGAGCACUUGCCUGCGAAAGGCAAGGUUUCAGAGUUCGAAUCUCGGUCCGGCACAGUUUUAAUCUGCCAAGAAGUUUCAUGUCAGAAAAAACUCUCACUGCUGUGGAGUGAAAAUUUUAUUCUGAAAAGGUCAUUGUUUAAUUCCUUGAAAGACUGUUGUUCAAGCAUGUCUUACUCUUCAGCAAUUAAAUUUCAGAAGAAAAUGUAAUAUUUAGCAGACAGUUAGAUCAUUCAUCACCUAAAUGACAAAAGGCAACCACUGUGUUCAUACCUUUACACAGUGUGUUCCAGAAAUUCCAUCAUGAAGGAGAGUUACAGAUUAUGGAACCAGUACUCGCCUUAGACCAAUGCAAGUUCCCCCCCCC